GUGCUGCACUCUGAACGGAGGUGAGAUGAAGAUGCGCAUAUUUUCUCCGAGCAGCUAGCAGACAGCAGAAACGCUCUGACGUCAGUGCACGGUCGAGCCAAAAGAUGUUGCGUUCAAUUGUGUUAAAUCGCAGUGCACAACAAGGCCUCGCAGCCUUUGCACGCCAAAAUGGAUUGGCACCAGCAGCGACUCAGGUUCGAUCUGUAGAAACUGCACCGCAAGUAAAGGAUGGCGGGAAGCUGGCAGAGGCGGAAAGUAAGAAAGUUCCACGUCCUUACAGUCCGUUCCAAGAGACCAGCAACUGGGCAGAAUAUGCAGUGGCCCGUUUGGACGACUUGCUGAAUUGGGGUCGCAAAGGAUCGUUGUGGCCCAUGACUUUCGGCUUGGCUUGCUGUGCCGUUGAAAUGAUGCACAUAGCCGCCCCGCGAUACGAUAUGGACAGAUUUGGUGUGGUCUUCAGAGCUUCGCCCAGGCAAGUUGAUGUCAUGAUUGUCGCUGGGACAGUGACAAAUAAAAUGGCUCCAGCAUUGAGAAAGGUUUACGAUCAAAUGAUGGAACCACGCUGGGUCAUUUCUAUGGGCAGCUGUGCUAACGGUGGCGGAUAUUAUCACUACAGUUACUCGGUCGUCAGAGGCUGCGACAGAUUAGUCCCUGUUGACAUAUACGUACCUGGAUGUCCCCCAACCGCAGAGGCUUUGUUGUACGGCAUUCUGCAAUUACAGAAAAAAGUUAAACGUAUGAAGUCUCUCCAGGUCUGGUACAGAAAGUAACUCGUGUAAAUGAAAUAAAAUGUAAUGGAAAUAAUUGAUAGUUGAUGAAGGAGAUAAUGUACUAUUGUAUAUAAAUUAUUAUGAAUUAAAUAAAGUGAAGAAAAUGAGAUUAAA